AUGCCGCGGGAGCUGCGGCAAUUUAAGCAUUCGAACGAGGGCCUUCAGGACGAAGACGUGCGAGGGCUCCCGACGGAUGAGCGACACUUUGACGAGGUGGACCUGUCGAGGAACCUCUUUGGGCCAAGCGGCAUUCAGAGUAUCAUGAACUUCGCUCUCUUGCAGCGGCAGUUGACAGUUUUGAAACUGUAUCGAUGCGGUUUGGGUGAUGCCUGCGCCGAGAUACUGAGCGAAUUUUGUUCAUCGCAGAUAGUAUUGGAUCAGCUGCAUCUGUCCCACAACGAGAUCACAGAGAAGGGUGCCGUCAGGCUGAUCUAUGCCUGCGAAAGGGGUCGCUCCGCGGAGCACCUUCCUUUAUGGCUCCGGCUGGAGCACAAUUUCAUCGCACGCCCGGAGGAGGUGCUCCGCCAGUUGGAGUCGCAGUACACCAUUUGCUCCUGCCCCCCUGGACGGUGUGGGACGAUGAAAUGCGCCUGGAGGCGGAAGGUUCAUCUUCCGCACUUCAUCACCCAAGACGUGGUGUACUGGGAAGGAAAGGCGGACCACCGACAGGAUGUGGAGUCCAGGCCGUUCAGAGGCGAGGAUCUACCAGAGGACAGGGCAUCUGACAUCUCGGACCUGGACCUUGACUGCCGUGGACGUGGCUUGCGAGCCUGGCACGGUCCGGAUCGGCAAUCUUCCCGUGAACGAAGUCGCAGUCCUUUUGCAAGCGCAUUGGACGAGAACCAGCUACUAGCCUGGCAGGAGAAGCUUCUGAGACGAGAGAAGGAGCUGGACGAACUUGAACGAUUUGCCCUGCGUUUUGGUGUAGUCAGGUAG